GGCGUUCAUUGAGAGGUUCAUUUCUUUUAUCUGUAGUUUCCCAUGCUGCGCAACCUGAUCCCGCCGCGAACCGGCGCGUCUGUGAGUCAAACGCGUCAGCGGGCUCCUGGUUGGUCCAGCCCCGAUACUGUGAUGGAGUGAGGGACGAGAACGAGCUCGAAAUCCUGCUCGAACGAAGUACGCUGUCCUUCUCACCCUGCGGUGGAAAUCUGUUGCUCCGAGGAAGAAUGUACUGCAGGUAGGAAGACCCGUGAACAGCUGAUUCUAUUAAUACCAGCGAUGUGAGAAAUGUAAAGAAGGUUGGUCACGAUUUGGCAGUAAAUCAUUGUCUUUGGAGCUUUCCAGCUUUCCAAUAGUUUCCUUUGAAUGUAAAACCAAUGUAAUGGGCUAAUUUAUCAAAAGAUUAAUAAGUCUAGUGUCAUGUGUUCCUGCUGAAACAUAGCAUAUAAAAAUACAGAUCUGAAUGAUUUUGUGUCUCGCAUCUCUGGAGCGUGUGUCCGAACCACUGGUCAUCUGAGGAGAGGCUCGAUGGGAAGACAGUCCUCAUCACUGGAGCCAACACUGGUAUUGGCAAAGAAACGGCCAGGGACUUGGCCAGAAGAGGCGCACGGAUCGUCAUGGCGUGCCGAGACCUGGAGAGGGCAGAGGAGGCGCGGGCGGACAUCCUGGAGGACACAGGGAAUGAGAACGUGGUCAUCAGGAAGCUGGACCUGUCUGACAUCAAGUCCAUCCGAGCGUUUGCUGAGCUCAUCAUCAAAGGUGGAGGAGAAACAGGUGAACAUCCUCAUAAACAAUGCAGGCGUCAUGAUGUGCCCCUACUCCAAGACUCUGGAUGGGUUUGAAAUGCAGCUAGGAGUCAAUCAUUUGGGUCACUUCCUGUUGACCUAUCUGCUUCUGGACCUCAUUAAGAAUUCAAGCCCUGCCCGCAUUGUUGUUGUAGCAUCGGUGGCCCACACCUGGACUGGACUUCGACUGGAUGACGUGAACAGUGAGAGGACCUACGAUGCCAUGAAGGCCUACGGGCAGAGCAAGCUGGCCAACGUCAUGUUUGCGCGCUCGUUAGCCAAGAGACUAAAAGACACAGGGGUAAGCGUGUUCUCUCUGCACCCCGGGGUGGUGCAGUCUGACCUGUGGAGGCACCAGCACCAGUGCAUCCAGAUGGCAGUGAAGGUUUUCAGGAUUUUCACCAAGACAACAGUGGAGGGCGCCCAGACCACCGUCUACUGCGCCGUGGAGCCCGGCCUGGAAAGCCAGAGCGGCGGGUACUUCAGUGACUGCGCCCCUGCAAGGUGCUCGAGGACGGCUUCUGAUGACGACUUGGCCCAGAAACUGUGGGAAAUCAGCUGCGACAUGCUUGACAUCACCUGGCAGUGAAAGGCACAUGAUGCAUUGGAUGUCUGAUAAAAGGUGUACGCUGUCUUUAAAUGUCAUUGUUUGAACAGUGCUGUUAAGCAGUUAAGCACCUUAACAUUAUCGUUGCUGUAUUUUAUUUUAACAGUACAAUCCAAAAACCUCCGAAUCACUACCAAAUGUUGCUUUUUUUGCUUUAUACAGAUCUUUUUUCUUAUGUUUUAGUGAAAUUAAUUUUAUUGGUGUGAUUUUUAAUUCCUUAUUGUGAUUCUUUCGUGCAGAUGCUGCUGUGACUUUCAAAAGCUCACUGGCAAAAUUAAAUGUUGUGACAUGUAAGAUAUGAUGAUGAGAAGCAUUUUGUCCACCUCGUGUGUGUAAAUAAAGCUUGGCUGAGCUUAUUGUAUUAAGCAGUAGACCUCAGUCCAAAAUGCAUCAUCCAAAGGUUUCAGGGCAAACUAAACAUUUAAGCUAUAUGCACCUGGUGAUCUGCUAACAAACUGUUUCUCUGUAGAUUUAUUUAUUUACAUUAAACUAUUGCAUUAUAAA